UAUUAAAGAUGUGAAUUGUAAGAAUUGAGACUCUCUCAAGUCUUCACGAGAAGGACGUAACUAGAUUUCACAUGGUUGGUUGAAAAAGUUCAAAGCUUUAUCUGUACACAAAAUUCAGAAAACAUGUAUCCAUACGUACAACAUGUUUUUGUUAAUAAAAUUAGUAAUUAUUUUGUGAUUGAUGAUAAAAAUAUGAUGAACUCAAAAGAUCGAAACACCAACGAUAUGGAAGCCAAAUCUGAUUCUUCCUCUUCUUUCCCUCCAGGUAUUAUAAAGAAAUCAUUACUCAUCAUCUUCGUUAACGGUUUUCUGGCAUGGGCUUAUCAAGCAGCUUGUCCACCCCCACCCAAGAAACUCGGAUCUCCAGACGGACCUCCCAUUACAAGCCCUAGAAUCAAGCUUCGUGACGGAAGACAUUUGUCCUACAAAGAAUAUGGUGUGCCCAAAGAGGUCGCCAAAUACAAGAUAAUUUAUGUCCAUGGCUUCGACUCUAACAAGCAUUUUGCUGUUGUUGCCACGUCAGCCUCCUGGGCCCUAAUUGAAGAAUUGGGGAUACAUAUUGUUUCAUUCGAUCGACCUGGUUAUGGAGAGAGUGAUCCAAACCCUAACCAAACUUUAAAGAGUUCGGCUUUGGAUAUCGAGGAGCUUGCUGAUCAGUUAGGACUUGGAUCAAAAUUCUAUGUUGUUGGUUUUUCAAUGGGUGGUCAAGUGACUUGGACUUGUUUGAAGUACAUUCCUCACAGGCUAGCAGGAGCGACUCUUAUUGCUCCUGUAGUUAAUUACUGGUGGCCACGUUUGCCAAUGAAGUUAUCACAAGAAGCAUAUUCAAAGCAGUUCAUUCAGGAUCAAUGGAGUCUACGUGUUGCUCAUUACCUUCCAUGGCUGACGUACUGGUGGAACACUCAGAGAUUCUUUCCUUCUUCCACUCUCAUUGCUAAUAGCCCUGAUAUUCUUUCUCCUCAAGACAUACAACUUUUGCCCAAAUUUACAGCUGGAAGGGCACCAUUACUUGAGGGACAAAUAAGACAGCAAGGAGAAUACGAGUCCCUCCACCGUGACUUGAAUAUUGGAUUUGGUACCUGGGAAUUCGACCCGAUGGAGAUUGAGAACCCGUUUCCAAACAAUAAAGGAUCCAUUGAUAUUUGGAUGGGUGAUGAUGAUAAAAUUGUGCCUGUGACACUGCAACGUUAUAUUGCUAAACAGCUUCCAUGGAUAAACUAUCACGAGCUCAAGGGUGCUGGUCACUUGUUCCCUUAUGCUGAUGGGAUCAGCGAUGCUAUCCUAAAAGCGCUUCUCCUUGGUAAAAGUUAGCUUAUAAUAUGCUAUAUUUAAGUGUUCGGAGUUUGGCAAGAUAAUAUUACUCCUAUUACUUAAUGUUUGUGUGAAUAAUUUUUUGUAAGUUAUAAAAAAUUUAUAUUUGUAAAUUAUAUACACGGUAUUCGGGUCUCCAUAAAAAAUGUUGUAAUUUCAC